ACAGAGGAAGAGGUUAAUCUUCGCGAUGGCAAGAACCAAGCAGACGGCUCGUAAAUCCACCGGCGGCAAAGCCCCGAGGAAGCAGCUCGCUACUAAAGCCGCCCGGAAGAGCGCCCCAGCCACCGGCGGCGUCAAGAAGCCCCACCGUUACAGGCCCGGGACCGUGGCUCUCCGAGAGAUCCGCCGUUAUCAGAAGUCCACCGAGCUGCUGAUCCGCAAACUGCCUUUCCAGCGCUUGGUGCGAGAAAUCGCGCAGGAUUUCAAGACGGACCUGCGCUUCCAGAGCUCCGCCGUCAUGGCCCUGCAGGAGGCCAGCGAGGCUUAUUUGGUCGGUCUGUUUGAGGACACCAACCUGUGCGCCAUCCACGCCAAGAGAGUCACCAUCAUGCCCAAAGACAUCCAGCUGGCGCGCCGCAUCCGCGGAGAGCGCGCUUAAACCCGCCGCUGCAGCCGCACCCCAAAGGCUCUUUUAAGAGCCACCCACACCGACACAGAAAGAGCUCAUGUUGCUGGUUUAUGCUGGAGGUGAAAACUAACAAAAUGUUUGCUACUAAACCUGUUUUCUUACAGUAAAUCUCGUCUAAUGUUGGUGUGUGUGCUGCUCUGAGAAUACAGAUGUGUUCAUGUCUUUGACCCAAGAACUGUUUUUCAGAAUUGGAGCUCUUUCCUGCUAAAAAACAAACAAUAGAAGCACAAUAGAAACCAUCACAGAAAUUCCAGUGGUUUACAUUAAAAUACCAUUAUGAACCAUUGGCUUUUUCCAGUAAAACCAUUACAAAAUUUAUUUCUGUAGUGUUUUGGGCAUUUUUCCAACAUGAUUUAACAUCCCAGCAACAGAAUCCAUCACAUACCAGCAGACACCAUUAUAGUUUCCAUUAAAACCGUUACAUUUUCUAUUGUGUUUUUUCAGCAGGGUUGUAAUGUUUAUUUCUCCAGAAACGCGAACAA